UCUCAACGGCAUCCCAACAUCUUUCACCAACCUCUCCUCUUUGGACUACCUCCGCUUGGACAGCAACAGGAUUACAGGCGGCAUCCCUCCUUGGUUAGGGAACCUGUCCUCUGCCACCGUCAUUGGUCUCGGAAUGAACACCCUGUCAGGAGUCAUUCCAUCUUCCUUAUGCCGUCUACCCUCUCUUAUUGUCUUUGUUGUAGCACUAAACCAGUUAUCAAGCACGAUUCCACCCUGUCUAUACAAUCUCUCAACUAUCAAGGUUUUGAGUGUGGGAUAUAAUAGUCUCAGAGGGACCAUCCCAUCUCACAUAGGCAGCACUCUUCCCCACCUCAGUUGGCUCGACAUGGCCUCCAAUCAGUUCACCGGACUCAUCCCUUCUUCGUUAUCCAAUGCUUCUGGGCUGUCUCUCAUUUAGCUCGACAUGAACAAUCUCCAUGGAAAAAUCCCUUGUACCCUUGGAAACUUACAGAACCUGUCAGUCUUGAGCCUUUUUUGGAACCAACUAGCAGCCAAGGAGGCCAAUGAUUGGAGCUUCCUCACUGCUCUAACCAACUGCAGCAAAUUGAAAUCACUAGUAAUGGGCAACAAUAAUCUCGCUGGUGUCUUACCCAAUUCCAUAUCCAACCUCUCCACAGAUAUCCAGGCCCUUGAUUUUUCCAAUAACCAGAUAUCUGGAAGCCUUCCUUCAAAUAUAGGGAACCUGAAAAACCUGAUGGUACUUGGCAUGGGUUCAAACCUUCUCACAGGUAAUAUUCCUGCCUCUCUUAGAAAUCUUAAUGCACUGCAUGUACUGAAUAUGUCUCACAACAAUUUCUUCGGCCAAAUUCCACCUUCACUCGGAAACAUUAGUCUAUUGAAUUGGCUCGAUCUGCACGGAAACAAAUUGAGUGGAAGCAUUCCAACCCAACUUGGAAACUGCAAGAACUUGCAGUUACUCGCUCUCUUUGACAAUCAGCUUACAGGUACUAUACCCAUAGAGAUUCUUAGCCUGCCUUCUCUAUCCUUAGGCCGAUACUUAUCACACAAUGCAUUACAUGGGUUCCUACCUUCCGAAAUUGGCAACCUGAUAAAUGUCAAUGUCCUCGAUAUUUCUGAGAAUAGAUUAUAUGGUGAACUCCCUGAUAGCAUUGGCAAAUGCGUGGUCCUUGUAUACCUUGAUAUGAGUGGUAAUUUUUUUGAAGGGGUCAUCCCGACAUCAUUGGGCAAUCUAAAAGGCCUUCAAUUUCUUGACCUCUCAAGCAACAACCUAGCGGGGCAUAUACCAGGAUAUCUCCAAAUAUUUCACUCGCUCCAGUUUCUGAAUCUCUCUUUCAACAGCUUUGAAGGGGAGGUUCCGCUAGACGGGGUCUUUGCAAAUAUGAGUGCAUUUUCACUUAUUGGAAAUCGAAGGAUCUGCGGUGGCAUCCCUGAACUGCAUCUACCACCCUGUUCCUCUGCCCAACCGCAUGGGAAAAAACAGAGAGCUGCUAUCUCGGUAGUGAUCAUCACGGUUGCCAGUGGACUUCUAGGUUUGACUCUGAUUCUCUUCUUCAUUUUACUUUACUGGAAUCAAAAAUCAAGAAAGAGACAUCCAUCCAUGGCUACCAUGGGAACAGAACUUAUUAGAGUCUCUUAUGCCGAAUUGGUUAAAGCAACUGAUGGGUUUUCUUCAGCAAAUCUGAUUGGUGUUGGGAGUUUUGGUUCCGUAUAUAAAGGGGUCAUGGAGUGGGUUGAUGAAAAGAUGGUUGCUAUAAAAAUGCUGAACCUUCAGCAGCAGGGGGCUUCAAGGAGUUUCAUAGCUGAAUGUGAGGCCUUGAGGAGCAUCCGUCAUCGGAACCUGGUCAAAAUCAUAACUGCAUGCUCUGGUGUUGAUUUUAGAGGUAAUGAUUUCAAAGCAUUAGUUCUUGAAUUUAUGGAGAAUGGAAGUUUGAAACAGUGGCUGCAUCCAAAAGUGAAUAAGGGAAUCCCGAUGAGGAUUUUGAAUUUAGAACAGAGAGUGAGCAUAGCCAUUGAUGUGGCUUCUGCACUGGAUUACCUUCAUCAUCACAGCCCAGUGCCAACCGUGCAUUGCGAUCUUAAGCCGAGCAACAUUCUUCUAAAUGUUGACAUGACUGCCCAUGUGAGUGACUUUGGGCUGGCAAAGUUCCUCUCUGAAUCUACUGACUUGAUCUCCAUAUCUGCUAGCUUGGUGGCAAUAAAAGGAUCAGUUGGAUAUAUUGCUCCAGAGUACGGUUUGGGAUGCGAAGUAUCAACUCAAGGAGAUGUGUACAGCUAUGGAAUACUUCUCCUGGAGAUGUUCACCGGAAAGAGACCCACUGAUGAAACCUUCAAUGAAAGCCUAGAUCUUCAUCGAUUUGUUGAGAUGGCUUUUCCUUCUCAAAUUAUGAACAUCGUAGAUCCACAAUUGAUACGAGAGGAAGAGUAUGAAAUUAUCAAUGACAUACAACAAAGGUGCACUAUACAAGACAAGAUACGAGAGUGCUUAAUUUUGGUGAUCAGCAUUGGGUUACAAUGUUCCAGCAAAGUACCUAAAGAACGGCCGCAUAUGGGAAAUAUUGUUAAAAAAAUGACUGCAGCGAGAGAGAUACUUGGUAGGGUCUAAA